CCAAACAAUAGAUAGAUAGAUAGAUAGAUAGAUAGAUAGGCUCAAAUACCCAACUUUCAAACAAACCCCCCCUCCACACAUACAAGGAUGUCCUCAGAUCCAUCAUCACCCAUUCAACUAUCACCCUACGAGCGGCUUCGCCUCGAACCCGACGACCGCAUCGCAGUGAUGUCUCUUCUGGUAUCGCCGUCGGCGCGCUCCUCGGGGGCAGAGCGCGCGCACCGUUUGCCCAACACUGUCCAAGGCUGGUUUUUCUACCAAAAGUGGAAAAACUACCGCGUCGUGCUCGGCGCAAUGAAAGGCAUGGGAGGCUGCGUCCUGGCGUAUGCGUUGGUGGAGGCUGCGAAUUGCAAGGCUGCCCAGGUCCAGUGCUGGAGGGCAAGGCUUGCGGGGCUUGGCGUCGGGAUGCUGACCGGCGCGACGCAGGACGCCGUGCAUUGGCGCGCAGGCAGACCGCCGGCGUACUUGGUGUGGGCGCAGCAAAAGAAAAACGAGCUGAUUAAAUAGCGAUUUUAAUUAAAUUAAAAAACCAACAUAUAGAAAACA